UUUAUGGAAGUAAUGCUUCAGCAACAACAACACUCUCUAUAGUAAACAGAGUAAUUGAUGGAAUAUUAAAUUUUGUUUUUGAGGUUGCGGCGAUAGCAUUUGCUGAAAAAUCAUUUAAUAUAGAAACUGAUAAAGAAGAUUUUGGGUCAAGAGUUGUUUAUAUGAUAAAACAAGAUGGUGUAGCAUUGUUGGUCUUAAUUAUUGAUUUCGUAGCACUUUGUUUAGCUGGUUUUAUUUUGCUUGGAAUUUUCUGGGGUUUUAUAUUGAUAGGGGAGAGAUUUAGUAAAUGUUGCGAAUCUGAUUUUCUUGAAAAUUUUUUCAAAAGAAAAACAAAAGAACAACAAGUUGCUUAG